GUCCAAUGUAUACACUCACGGUGUGUCAAUCGCAAAGGCCCUUUUUAAGAUUAGAGCAUUCUCUGGGGACAUUGGGUCCAAGUCGGUUCUUACCAGCAAACAUUCCACGGCACGUAGUCUACAGGCAGUUACCUGCAAUCACGUGUGCUACUAGUAGAAGUUCAUCAUGUCUUUGUUUGAACUUCUGGUGCAUUUGUUCAGAGCAGGUAGCGUCGUAGGUUCAUUUUUCUUAAGUUUUAAUAUUUUAACGUGUUUUAAAUUCAAACUUAUAGUUAACUAUGAUUAUUUCAUCAAGGAAGUGAACCUUUCUCUUUGCACGCCAUAUGUGUACAACCAGGUCUUUGCCGUAGUGGUUUGGCCCGCUAAUCAAAAAAAAAAAAUUAUUGAUUUUUUGUUCAGUACGCUUCUUUAAAUUCAUUUAUUUAUAGAUAGCUGACUUCGUACUAGACACUGAUUUUAUGUAGCGCAGAGAAUGGAUUUAAAAUUCGUAUGGUCGGGCCUCAAAUAAUGUUUUUUUUUUUUAAUGUACAGAAAUUAGGCUUCAUGAAAUAACUUUCAUUAAACGUUGACUUCAUUUUUUUUUUGUUUUCCCAACAGCAAAGCUUGGAGACACUGGCCCUUUUUACUUAUUAUUUAUUUUUUCGAUAUUUUCACUUUCGAUUAUAAAUUAUGAAUGUUUUCAAUACAACCCACCGCACCAGACCUCUACCGCCAGCCCCUCCCACCACAUACAGUUCAUCCCGGGCUACAGUUGACCAAGAACAAGACUUGAGCCGCAUAUGUCCAACUUUGAUGACCUAAACAACUUCCACGCAUCCGAUUGGAUCGUGGUUUUUUUUCUUUAGAGUUCUAAUUGUUGUUGGUUUUUUUUAUUAUUAUUUCUUUAUUUUAAUUUAUAUUCACAUGAGAGAAUGCAGAUGUUAAAGGAUUUUUAAUUUUUAUUAUUGCUCAAGGUGCUGUUUUACUCCCCACUAAGAACUUCGACACUCACCAGCUCACCACGCAGGACUUUCAUUUCAUAGAAACCCUGCCAACCGUGACGUCCGAAAGACGUCUGCCUGGAUUCCAAUACGUCUACCUGGACCCCGACCGCCGGCUCACGGCCACCCGGAGCACUGGUCACCGACAGCUGGAGAUCGCCGCCUCGCCCCAGUGCUCACGGCGUGCCCUCCGUGUGGCCGCCGACGUCGUCCAGCGGAUGAGCGAGCACAUGCCCGCGAGCAUGUUCCGAGACCUGACCAGGGGGUCCGUCGGUAUCUUCACAUCCGCCGAGAAACUGACCGUUUACCCGGAAAUGCAAAGUCUGGCCAGCGGUGACUGUGUGACGUCGUGUCUGGGUGAGUGUUUCAACCUUUUGAACCGGAGACCCUACAGCAGGGCGUGCCCCAUCGGAUUUACAACUGCACAGCGGCAUAGUGGGCCAAGUUGUUUUAAAAAAAAAAAACUUUCUUGAAAAAAAAAACUCUAUAGUUGAACAAAAAUUCAGCCCUUACAAAUAAAAUACAAAAAGUGCCACCAAGGGGUGACCACCCCUCCGAAGCCACUUCCUAAGCCCCUUAAUACGCCUAUAUGGUUUUGCCCAACGAGGUUUCCCUAGGGUGUCAAUGGUCCCAUUGAGUCUCAGUAUACUAUUGAUCCAUGGUGACAUCCAACCAUUACUUGAUUCACCCAUGAACUCAUCAAGCUAUUCAAACAUACAUCAGAGGGUCUAUCUUGUUUUUUUUUUCACGCAUUUGCCUUUUGUAAAUUUUUCAAUAUGUACUUCCAGUUAUUAAUAAAUUGUGUGCGCUUCCACACUGCCACCUGUGUAUCAUCAUUGCGACAAUCCAUCGCAUUUCUUUGACUCUCCGCAUUCUAUUCGCCACAGGGUCCAAAUACUUUUAUGGUGAUCUUUUAUCAUUUCAAAUAAUAGAUUAUGAAUCAAGUAUUCCAAACAAACAUAUUUCUAUACCUUUUUUAAAAAUUAUUAAUCAUUUCUCGUGUCUUUUUCUCUUUGACUCUUGAGUCAGUCUUUUGCAGGUAUGAAUGCCGUCUAUCAUUUUAUUUUUCAGAAUUUGUUUUAGUCACAGUUAUUGAUUUUUUUACUUUUUAAAAAAAAAACAUUAUUUUUUUAAAAAUUAUUUCCUUUCAUUAAAAGUUUGUUUCGUCAUUCUGUUACCAAGGACGCUGCUCCCGCACCUGCUCCUUCGACGGGCGGAAGUACGAGGAUAUGGACGGUCUGACCAACUCGCGGUCAGUUGUGCUGGACGACGCCGUCCUGUGCGCCCGCGCCGACCCCCACCGCGGCGCCCUCAACGUCCUGGUCCACGAGUUCGCCCACCUGGUUUACAACUACGCCGUCACCCCCGCCGUCAGAGCCCAGAUCGCCAGCGCCUACGACUCCGCCCGACGGCACGCCACCUGGGGCCUCACCUCCUACGCCAUGGCCAACGAAAGGGAGUACUGGGCGGCGGCCACUGCGGCUUUCUUCGGCGUGACGCUGGAGGACGGCGCCAGCACGGGCGGGAUGAACCGGUGCGGUGCGGCCGUGUGUCCCUCCGUGCGCCUGGCCAGGGAUCACCUCAGGGCGCGAGACCCGGCGCUCUUCGACGUCCUGACCCACGUGCUGGCGAGUAACAAUUCAUCUCUAGAUCCGAGGAUCGCCCGCUGCCCCGCGCAGUCUGCUGUUGGUAAAUAAACUCAACUCAAAGAGAACAUUUAAAUGGGAAGGUUUUUAC